UUAACUGCAUGGAGAAUAUUGUCUACAAUUUCAAAGCAAUAUCUGCACAAGUAGAUGGCGCAAAAUUACUCUACACAGACAUGAAAAUCACAUAGAUGUAUCACUGCGCCUCCUGACUUUCUCGGUGCAAAAUUAAAGUCGUAGGCAAUCUUUUACAUUAAGCUUUGGGAUCCUCAUAUACUGAAAAAACCGUGAAAAAAAAGUGUUUAAAAGCGAAGUUAUUAUUAAAACUCUGUAUAACUGCUGUAUAAUUUGUAACAAAGUUAAUAUUGAAAAAUAAUAACACGAAAUUUAGCUUAGACGAAGGAAAAUAAAUCUUUUAGAAAGUGCACUAUGUUUCGUGCUACAAAUUUCGACAAAUUAUUGGAUAAGGCCACGAGUCAAUUUCAACUCGAACCUGAUUGGCCCACUAUUCUACAAAUUUGCGACCUCAUACGUCAAAAUGACGUUCAACCAAAGCAAGCACUUGCUGCUAUAAAAAAAAAAUUAACCAAUCCUAAUCCACAUGUAGCUUCGUAUGCUCUGCUAGUAUUAGAGUCUUGCAUUAAAAAUUGUGGAUCUCGCAUCCAAGAUGAAAUUGGUACUAAACAAUAUAUGGAACAACUUAAAGAAUUAGUAAAAACAUCAACUCAUGAACACGUUAGGCAAAAAAUAUUAGAAUUAAUACAAGCUUUGGCAUUUGCAUUUCGAAAUAAUCUUAAAUAUAGAGCAGUACAGGACACAUUAAAUAUUAUGAAAAAUGAAGGUCAUAAGUUUCCUCCUUUAAAAGAAAGCGAAGCAAUGUUUACGGCUGAUACUGCUCCUGAGUGGACAGAUGGUGAUGUUUGUCAUCGCUGUCGUGUAGCAUUUGGCAUUCUUCAACGAAAACACCACUGUAGAGCAUGUGGUCAAGUAUUUUGUGCUCAGUGCUCGAACAAAGUUUCUACAUUACCUAAAAUUGGAUUUGAAAAAGAAGUAAGAGUAUGUGAAGCAUGCUAUGAACAAGUUAAUAAACCUUCUACUACCCAUUCAAAAGAAACUGAUUUACCAGCUGAAUAUUUGAGCAGUUCCUUGGCUCAACAACAACAGGUUCCUCCUAGAAAAACGGAGGAUGAAAUUCGAGAAGAAGAAGAUUUACAGUUGGCUAUAGCUUUAAGUCAAAGUGAAGCAGAACAAAAGGAGAGAGAAAAGAAACGCGCGACAAAUGCUUUGAAGUCUAACACUAUUUCUGUAUCUAGAACAACAUAUUCACCUCCUCCAUCCCCUGGACCAAGUCCAUCUCGAAUUCAAGAUGAGGAUGAAAUUGAUCCUGAACUAGCAAAAUAUUUAAAUCGAAGAUACUGGGAGCAAAGACAAACAGCAAUAGAAGAGCAUAGUGCGAGAACGGAUGUAACAAGUCCUUCUGCGCCUAAUAUAAGUAGUCCGAUGCCUCAGAAAGUUGUUAUCGUUAAACAGCAAAAUGGAGAAGUUGAUAUAGAAAUGGAAGAGUUUGUCAAUGCUUUAAGAUCUCAAGUUGAAAUUUUUGUAAAUAGAAUGAAAAGUAAUUCUUCUAGAGGAAGACCUAUUACUUCUGACAGUUCGGUGCAAAAUUUAUUUCUCAAUAUUACUCGUAUGCAUUCAAGACUAUUGACAUAUAUUCAAGAACAAGAUGAUAGUAGAGUAUAUUAUGAAGGACUGCAGGAUAAGUUAACACAAAUUAAAGAUGCUAGAGCUGCAUUAGAUGCUUUACGAGAUGAACAUAGAGAAAAAUUGCGUAGACAAGCAGAGGAAGCGGAAAGGCAACGGCAGAUGUUAAUGGCAAUGAAAUUAGCAAUUAUGCGAAAAAAGAAACAAGAUUAUUUGCAAUAUCAACGACAAUUAGCUUUACAAAAAAUCCAAGAACAAGAAAGGGAAAUGCAAAUGAGACAAGAACAACAAAAACAGCAAUAUAUCAUGAGUGGUUAUCAAGGUAUGCCAGGAUAUAUGGGUCAUUCUCAAGGGUCUCCAGUUCGUCAGAUGCAAUAUCAAGGUCCUGGAUCAAAUUAUAAUCCUAUGUCUCCAACAGAUCAGGGUGUUUACAUGUACGGGCAGCAUUCAAUGGGGCAAUAUCCUAUUCAAGGUUACAUGCCGCCAAUGGGUUCUCUACCUCCACAUUUAAUGGGUACAAUAACUAACCCAGAAUCAGCUGCAACUGAUUCAACAGUUCAAUCACGAGACAAUGUAGGUAGAGUUGUAAUUACAAAUACUGGAAUGAUUCCUCAAGUAACAAAUCCUAUAACGCAACUUCAGCAACCAACUGGUCAUCAGAUAGGUCCUGCUCAACAAGGUACUGCUAGUCAUAUUCCAGUGACACAAGUACCACCAAGCCAUAUGCCACAACAAGGACCUCAUAGUUCACAAAUGUCGGCUUUACCAAAUCAGAUAGGUAUGUCUCAAUCAGUACCACCUAAUAAUAUACCUGCACCACCAAGACAAGUAGCUCCAACGACACACGGUCCACCUGGUCAAGUUGUACUUCCACAACAAAUUGGACCACAACCUAUUGGUAUACCUAUUCCGCAAGGAGCUCCAGUACCACAGCAUGUUUCAACUAUUAUUCCAUCUCAGAGAACAACUAUGCAAGUUUCUGCUGGAGGUAGUACUGGAAUGGUUCCAGCAAAUCAAUCUUUACAAGGUCCUGCUGGACCUAAUUUAAAUAUGCAAGGAAUGACGCAAAUUCCUGCUACUCAAGGCCAACAAUUUACAUUUCCUCAAAAUUCAGCUCCAUCAGUAGUAGAAAACGUUCAAGCAAAGGAAGAACCAAAGCCUGAAACAGCAGAACUUAUUUCUUUUGACUAAAAGUCUAAAUGAACAUUAGAUUAUAUCAUUAUUACAAAUGCAUUUAACAGGAUUUAUAGUUUCUUAAAGAUAACUUGGAAAUUAUAAAAUAUCAUUCUAAUAUCGUUCUUAAAUAUGUUUAUUUACAAUAUUCGAUUUUUGUUUUAAAUACCAAAUUUAAUAUAAUUUACAAAAAAAAAAUGGCACUAUACACACGUUGACAAUAGAUGUAAUCUUAAACCUGUAGGGAAAAAAAAUAAAUUA